AUGGGACGACAGUUAGAGAUUCACGAUUCUUCUCCUUUCACCCGAAACGACGUCGAUGUCGAAAAGGUGGAAAAUAAUGUUCGUCACGAUGACAUUCGAACAACUGGGCAGACGGAUGCGGAUUUAGUUGAAUUCGCCCCAAACGACCCCGAAAAUCCGCUCAACUGGGCAUCAUGGAGAAAAUGGGUAGCCUCAGGUUAUUCGCCAGCGAUCCCCAACUUUCAGCAAAAAUUCGGCACUUCAGCUGAAGUCGCUACGCUUCCUUUGGUUAUCUAUGUCCUUGGUUUGGGAUUCGGACCUAUGCUUUUGGCACCUCUCAGCGAGUACUAUGGACGCACUCCUGUGUACCUUGCCAAUUUCUUCAUUACUACCUUGCUUUUGUUGGGCACUGCAUUGGUCGACAAUCUCCCCGGAUUUGUAGUCCUAAGAUUCAUCACGGGAUUCUUUGCUUCUGCAUCAAUCACCAACAUUGGAGGAACAAUCGCCGAUAUGUUCCAUCACGAACACACCGGUAUGCCCUUGGCGAUCUACACUAUAACAUCGGCCGGAGGAUCAGCAAGUGGAGUCUUCGUCUUUUCGUUCAUCGCACAGCUGCACGGACUCCACGGUGUUCUUUGGGCCAUGUGCGGAGCCACUGGCGCCUUUUUUCUCCUUCUGUGCCUCUCACUAUCACUCAACGAGACUCGACACUCUGUGAUCCUCCGUCGUCGCGCAGCUCGUCUACGCAAAGAAACGGGCAAUCAAAAUCUCGACGUCCCACUCGAAAUGCGCACGCAGCCUGCCACUCAAGUUUUCGCUACCGCUCUCACUCGUCCAUUCCAUCUCCUCUUCACUGAACCCGUCAUUCUCUUCACAGCCACAUACAACGGCUAUCUCUUCGGCAUCGCAUUCCUCUUCAACGGCGCCUUCACCGUCGUCUUCUCCGACGGCUACGGCUUCAACACCAUCGAAACCGGUCUCGCCAACCUAGGCGUUUGCGUCGGCGCCCUCAUCGGCCCCAUAACCCACAUGUGGCAAGAACGAUACUACAUCCGACGCGUCACCGCCGCAGACGGCACUAUCAAAAAUAUCCCCGAGGCUCGCGUCCAACUCAGCAUGGUCGGUUCCGUCGUCUACCCCAUUUCCCUCUUCUGGUUCGCCUGGUCCGCUCAACCAGGCCAUAUUCACUGGAUCGUCCCCAUGAUCGCCUCUGUCUUCUACGGAUGGUCUUUCUACACCAUUAUCCAAAUGACCUUCAUGUACAUUGAAGAUACGUACAAAGUCUACGCCGCUAGUGCGCUAGCGGGUGUCUGUUUCGCGCGCAAUAUGAUCGGUGGUACAUUCCCGCUAUUCGGAACCCAGAUGUUCAACGCGCUGGGUGUGCAUUGGGCGGGUAGUGUAUUGGGAUUUGCAGCGAUCUUGCUCAUGCCUAUUCCAUAUGUAUUGGGCAGAUAUGGACGAGGACUUAGGAGGAGAAGUCCGUGGGCGAGAGUCCAUAUGGAUGAUUUGGGGGAUGAGGAGUUGGCUAAGAUGUGA